UGAUGUUUUCUGUCUCCCUGUCUGUCUCAGGUGGUCAGGAUGGGGGAGCGGCCUGUUGUUACCCCCUCAGCUGGGAUCACUCCAGUGCAGCAGAUGCUGGCCUCUGGCACUGGGGCGCUGCUCACAUCAGUGUUCGUCACACCACUGGACGUGGUGAAGAUAAGGCUGCAGGCCCAGCAAACACCAUUCUAUCAAGGGAAGUGCUUCCUGUAUUGUAAUGGCCUGAUGGAUCACAUCUAUGUGUGUCAGUAUGGGGCCAGCUGCACCAGCUGGUACAAAACACCAACCCACUUCAGUGGCACCCUGGAUGCUUUUGUGAAGAUCACGCGCAACGAGGGGGUCAGGUCUCUGUGGAGCGGGCUGCCUCCCACACUGGUGAUGGCGGUGCCUGCCACGGUCAUCUACUUCACCUGCUAUGACCAGCUCAGAGACUUACUGCGCUACGGCAUGGGGUUCCAAGGCAACUACAUCCCCCUGGUGGCAGGGGGUCUCGCUAGACUGGGAGCAGUGAGUGUGAUCAGCCCAUUAGAGCUGGUGCGUACCAAGAUGCAGUCCCAGAAGCUGACCUACAGCGAGCUGAGGGUGUGUAUCCGKUCUAGUGUUGCCCAGGAUGGCUGGCUGUCCCUGUGGAGGGGCUGGGGACCCACCGUCCUACGAGARGUCCCCUUCUCAGCCCUGUACUGGUUCAACUAUGAGCUGGUGAAGGCCCAGCUGUGUGAUCAGUACGAUGUGUCUCAGGCCACCUUCUCCAUCAGCUUCACAGCAGGGGCCUUCUCUGGAGCUGUGGCUGCCAUCAUGACCCUACCUUUUGACGUGGUGAAGACGCGAAGACAGAUCCAACUGGGAGAGAUGGAGACACUGGGAGUCCCUGUGAAGAAUCACACAUCCACAUGGCAUAUCAUGAGGGGAAUUUGGGCUGAAUCGGGAUACAGGGGGCUCUUUGCAGGUUUCCUACCCAGGGUGAUCAAAGUGGCCCCAGCCUGUGCUGUCAUGAUCAGCACCUAUGAGUUUGGGAAAAGACGUCUGUCUUCAGAAAUGAUGACUUGA